GCCCGGGAGGACACCCUCUUUGUGCUGUGUGAGGGUUGGGCAGCGGCGAGAGCGGUGCGAGGGCCCCCAAGGCCCUUUCAACCCGGUUUGGAGACUCCGCACUGCGAUUCGGGACAGCCGGAUCUCACACAGGAGGGGAAGUUUGGCCGUUUUCGGGGGAUGAACCGAAUUGUGUUUUCCUAAGAAGAGGAAGUUUUGAACGAGCUUCGCAGUGAGGGACCUCGGUUGUAGGAGAUUCCAUCCCAGCGUUCAUUAAGCAUUUGUUUUUUCACUCUGCCUGCCUCCUUGGGACAAGCUCAACAGACCCAGCAAUGGCAGUCAAGCAGCUCCUUCCUGUUGGGCCCCAGGUCUCGGAUUCCUUCGAGGACGUGGCUGUGCUCCUCUCCCAAGAGGAGUGGGGCCAUCUGGGCCCUACUCAGCGGGGCCUCUACAGGGAUGUGAUGCUGGAGACAUACAGGAACCUGCUCUCUCUGGGUCUGCAAGGUUCCAAACCUGACAUCAUUUCUAGGCUGGAGCAUGGGGAAGAGCCGUGGACCCUGUGCUCACCCAGAACUGAGGGGAACAGGAUCUGGAAGCACAGGAGUGAAGGUUAUGAUUCCAGGAUAGAAAAAAAGGAUUCAACUCCAAAGCAGGAAAUUUCUGAAGAAAUGGAAUUACAGAGAGAACAAUCAAAACAAAUGACAUCAACACUGACCCUGCUGAGGAAGCUGACCCACCACUCUCCUGGAUCUCAGGAACACAGAGACUCACAACUACUGCUUCUUUACCCUUUGGCAGCUAAAGGAAAAGCAGAAAAACACCUCUGAGACUCUUUGGGGUUAGGAAGGAAAUAAAAUAAUCUACAUAUCAUAGAGCAGGGACAACAAGAUGAGCAACACCAAGAGCUCA